AUGAUGUCAAACCAACCCAAAGAUUCUACAUUGAAACUGCCGUCUAGUCGCAACAACGCCGCAAGAUUGCGGUCGCCGAUACCUCGAUCUGCGAACGAUGGUGCUGGUGUAGCCCGCUCCAGUUCUGCGCCGCUCAUCAUGACGACUCCAUCCUCAGCCAUCCGCGCGGUUGAUGGAGGAAUGGCUGUCACUGGCGACCAGGCUGGACAUCCACCUGUGACUCAGCCCUUGCAACAGCCUUUCCCUGUCUUGAGUGAUCAUCUGAAAUCUGGCCCAUGCAUCUCGACCCCACCUCUAUCCAACCUUCCCGUUGCGGAUCCAGUGGGUAAUUUCUACAAUAAAUUAUUAUGGUCUAUAUCAGAUGCAAGCUCACCAUGCAGGUCAUUCAACUAA